AUGCAACACGACUCUGAAAGUGAAUAAUAAUAUUUCAAUGAUGUUGAUGAAUACUUUCUCAAUCUACCACAAAAAUGUUGGGAAUAAAAAAGAAUAUACUAUCAGGAGCUAUAGAUAUCUACAUUAAAAAAUGGGUCAAACUCAAUGAUAUAUAUGAAACUAAACAAUUAAAAUCAAGAAUUAAUUAUUAUGCUUCAAUCUAUAGAACACAUUAAGAAUUACAUAGACUUUUAGCUAAUAGUACUACUAAUACUUAAGAAUUGA